UCCUGCCGAUCGUAUUCCAAUUCCAACAGACGGGACGUAGGUUUCGGACCAUCUCGGCAGUGGCUUUUUGCCUCCUGCUCGCUGCGUAUUCGCCCUUUUUUCUGCUCUCAUUCUCCUUCGUCCUUUCUGUCGUCCAGGUUGUUUAUCGAUCCAAGUCUUCUUCGUCUACCUAAUUCUCCCAAUUCUGUCGCUUAUCCUCGCGGUUUGUUUUAUUUUAUUUUAUUUUAUUUUAUUUUCUCAGCGCUUUCGUCUGUGAAUUCAACCACGCAGCCUCGGUAUACUCGGGUCCACGACGGUGUCUCGGCAUUUGUGGCUUUGCACGUUUCCUGGCACCAUCGAAACAAUCAUUGCGACACUAGUACUCGAUUAUGCGACUCCGAAGGGCCGCCCGUGUCAUUCUCGUCGGUGCGCCGGGCGUUGGCAAAGGGACUCAGUCUGAGCGACUCCUCCAGCGCUUUCCUGAACUCCAAUCCAUUAGCACCGGAGACCUCCUCCGUCACAAUGUCAAAGCUCGGACGCCCCUCGGCAUCAAAGUCGAGCACACCAUGAAGGCCGGCGGGCUAGUCGCCGACGACCUGAUCAUGCGCCUUAUCUCCAACGAACUAUACAAAAGGGGCUGGCUGCGCAGGCCAGGAGACCCCGAGGUCAUGACGCUUUCCUCCACCGCCACGACGACCGAGCCGCAUUGCUUUGGCGCACUACCCCUCGACGAUUGGAUCACCAGCGCCGCUGCCCUCAACGAACAUACCCCGCCAGUCGCAUCCGAGGACCCUUCUGCCUCGUUUCUCCUCGAUGGGUUCCCUCGAACAGUUGCCCAAGCCCGCACCUGCGACAAGAUCAUCCCCAUCAACCUAGUCAUUUCGCUCAAGACGCCCAUCGACGUUGUCAUUGAGCGCAUCACGAGCCGGUGGGUCCACGAGCCCUCGGGCCGCGUGUACAACACCACUUUCAACGCCCCGAAGGUAGCGGGCGUCGACGACGUGACAGGGGAGCCGCUCACUCAGCGACCAGACGACAAUGUGGACGUGUAUAAGGAACGGUUCCGCAAGUUCCAGGAGACAAGCGAGCCGCUCCUCGAGCACUAUGCCAAGAAAGGCGUGCUCUGGGAAGUCGAGGGCAUGACCAGCAACGAGAUCACCCCCAAAUUAUACGAGGAAUUUGAGCGACGCUUUGCCUAGUGACUCUUGUCUUCAUCUAGUUGUAGUUUUGUUUUAUUCCCCUUUUAUUUUUCUUGUUCCCUAACGCUUUUUGUACACUGUUCUUUGGAGUUUCAGAUGGCAGGCGGAGAAGAGGCAGCUUCCUCUUUGGAUAUGGACGGACCGGAGGCGUGAACAAUGUGGUGCCCCUUACGUACAAUGGGUUGACUUAUGAGCAAAGACUCUGGACGGCGUUCGAACUGUAGAGGUAUGCUUUGAGUGAUCAACGCGCCUCGUAUUGAAUUUCACACAUGGCUGUACAUACUUUCCAUUCAGUUUGGGGUUCGCCUCAGCAAGUGUAUCUAGAAACCAGCUCUAUCAACGUCUUGCUCUGGCUUCUCUCUAGCCAGCGUGCUUCUAGAGCUGCCAACGGGAGUUGCGGAAAGUUGCUUAACAUGCUUAUACAUGCUACUUCCACUCAGACGCCCAGAUCUCUCGCCAUAACCCCCCUUCU